AUGCCUAUCUGCAUCGAGUGCUCGUACCCCGUGUCGCAUUUGUACAGCACUUACAGUCGUGCCGACGAUCGCUCGUUAGGCAAAGGCGUGCGCUUGACACAAUGUCCACGCUGCCAGCGAUUCGCGGAUAAGUAUGUUGAAUAUGAUUUUGUCGUGAUCUUCAUUGAUCUCGUUUUGAUCAAGCCGCAGGUCUAUCGCCAUCUCCUUUUUAAUAGGCUUGGAGGAGACAACAACCAAUUCGAUCGCUCUAUCAUUCGUCUAGGAGUCCUUCUACUUUUGUUUGACGUCUAUCUGACAUGGGCACGCAUUGAGAAGUCUCCCUCGUUGGCCACCACCUUCCUCUCGCGCGCACCGAUCGUUGUCCAGUACUUUUUCUUCUUGGGCCUAAAUGCGCUUGCGACUCUUGCCCAUCACCUCACCAUCCGUGUCCUAGCUUCCGUACUUGUCCCAGCGCCUAGCGGUUUGAAGCAGAAUGGUAGCAGCUCGAAUACUACCACAGCAGAUAGCCCCCUCUCCACUCCCUCAACACCAGUACAUACCUCUCCACCUCAAGUCACGAAUGCGCAAUCCCAAAUAUCUCCCACAUCAGCGUCCAUGUUGAGCCCACCUAGGCUCACUCGGCAAGGCUCUUACGAUAUUCCAUCAGCGGGUGGAGGAUUCUCAACUGCAACCAGUUUAGGAAGUGACAAUCAUGCCGUCCUUCCAGCAACUCACGGCUCGUUACCACGACCUCCUUUGCGCCGCGCUUCUACAGCUCCAAUUCAGAGCAUUCAACCGCUGCCUCCUCCAACCCCCGCCAGCCCCACCGCCAUCAGCACUGCGCUUCUCGUUAGCAGCUGUGCCAAACUUUUCCCGAUACUGCUUGUUAUCUGGGGCGACGGCAGUGGCAUUGCGUCUCAGACACCCACCAACAGCAGUGUAGGGACAAGUCGAGUGACCCCGGGCAAUCUCUCGCAGCACGCGCUGAGUGGUAUGACCCCCGCGGCAACGACCACCACAACAGGCUCGCCAGGAAUAGCGGGAUCACCAUCGGCAGCUUCGUCAACACUUCUAGAAAGCUUGAUUCAGAUGCUACCUCAGUCUGUACCGACAAGUUACCUAGCAAACUUUGUCGAGCUGACAGGCUCACUUUUCUCACUGGGGGCAGCCGAUACACAUCUGGUGCUGUUGAGUAAUAUCGAAGCCCUAUAUGUCCUCUUAGGAUGCGGGUACCUCCGCGCUGUAACACUAGCAGUCGCCGGACUAAUGGCUCGAUGGACAGUACAGAGAGUCAUCCUAGGAGCAAUAGGGGUUGGCUAA